AUGGCGAAGAAGAAACAUGUGGCUGUGUAUGCCCGCACAAGUACACAAACAAAUGCACAAACAGACAGUGCCCCUCGACAGUGGCGGGUGGCAUCAGCAGCCCUUUUCAAUGCUGGCGUCUCGAAGAAGAACAUCACAAAAGUGAAAGAGGUGAUCUCUGGAUCAGUCCCAAUUUGUCAACGUGUGAAAUUUCUCAAGUUGCUAGACUCGGCCACUGACAUCUAUGUGGAAUCAGCACGUGCUAUUUCUCGGAAAGCUUCACAAGGUGAAGAGCUAUACAACAUUGCCAAAGAGAAGGGAGUCUCAAUCAUUUGCAGUGAUUUUCCAAAGCUAUUUGCUCUACAGCCAUCACCCAUCGAGAGCUUCAUGAGGAAGCUGGUGCUUGCCAUGCAGGAGCUUGACCGUGAUGUCCUGGUCGAAAGAAUGCAAGCAGGACUUGCUGCCAAGAAAAAACAACAAAGGCAAGGACACAAUCAGGGUCCCCAAAGGUCAAUGGUCGCAAGUCUACUUUACAGUUGCUGA